AUGCAGCUCGCUCUUUUCUUGUCCUGGUGCUGCUGCCUGCACGGAUGCGCGCUGGGCACUGGCUUCCUCUAUCAAUUCCCAGCAUCAACCCUGCAGCACAACUACCCAGAGCAGAGCUCCGGCUCGCCGGGCAGCGGCUUCGCCAGUCGCCGGCACUGGUGCCACUACACAGUCACAAGGACAGUCUCCUGCCAGGUGCAGAAUGGGUCAGAAACGGUGAUCCAGAGAGUUUAUCAGAGCUGCCGCUGGCCGGGACCUUGUGCCAACUUAGUCAGUUACAGGACUCUCAUCAGGCCCACAUACAAAAUGUCCUACAGAACUGUGACCACGCUGGAGUGGAGAUGCUGUCCUGGCUUCACAGGGAGCAACUGUGAGGAGGAGUGCAUGAACUGCACCAGGCUGGCUGACAUGAGCGAGAGGCUGAACACGCUGGAGGCCAAGAUCCUGCUGCUGGAGGCUGCAGAGAGGAGCCCAGCCCUGGAGAACAACCUGCCCAUCACAGGCACCACGGCCACGUGGGACCAGGAGCUGCUGCCCGACGCCUUUCCCCUGCUGAACCCCGGCACCAAGAGGAGAAGGAUUCCAGGCCAGGUUGGUCCCCCAGGCCCAGUUGGCCCCACAGGACUCCCAGGACCACCAGGGCCCAAAGGAGAGAAGGGACAGCCCGGGGAGAGGGGCCCUGCAGGGCCACCAGGGAUGGUGGGACCUCAAGGACCAAGAGGACUUCCAGGAGAAACUGGGAUCCCAGGUCCCCCAGGUCCUCCAGGGCCACCAGCCACGCCAAGCCUCCCUCUCACCUUCCAGCAAGGGGUUCUCUACUCACUGCAGCCCACAGCUGAAAAAGAAAAUGGAGAAGCCCAGCUGGCCUCCACCGUCAUCGACACCAUCCUGGCAGGGCUGCCCGGCCCGCGGGGAGCCCCGGGGCCUGUGGGGCCACCAGGACCCAAAGGGCCCCCAGGACCCAUUGGAGCCCCUGGAUCACAAGGUUUGAAAGGGAAAUUUGGGCCUUUGGCUGCUUCUGGUGAACCAGGCAAGAAGGGUGAGGAAGGAGACAAAGGUGCUGAUGGGGAAGGCGUCCAACAGCUUCGAGAGGCUCUGAAGAUUUUAGCUGAGAGGGUAUUGAUCCUUGAGCACAUGAUAGGAAUUCAUGACUCUUUGUCUUCCAUUGAGCCAGGCUCUGGACAGGAUGUGAUCCCAGGCUCCCCCCUGAGAAGCAGCAUCAAGAUCAAGCGAGGAGGACCCCGGCAGCCCCAGGCCCACCAGAUCCUCUCCUCCCUGCUGGAUGAUGCUGAAGCCAGAAGGAGAAGCCACAGGAUGAAGUAGGAGCAUCUCUGUGUCCUCCCUGCCUGUUCUGCAGUUCAAGAUCCAGUACCCAGUGCUGAAUUGCACCCUGCAGAUGAAGAGGGUGGGAGGCUGCAGUGUUGGUGGCUGGGUUUCCUUCCCUGGCCAAUUCUGAGCCCUGGUUGCAGGGAAUGACUUAUCCAUAGCUCAG